GGUUCUAGUCUUCGAGUGUUGAAGGAGGCACAUGGUUCAACGGAGAAAAGAUGGGGAACGUUCAAGCGGCUUCAAGUUCUCCCAGUUCUGCGAACUCAGGAGGAACGACAGUUCCUCCUCCACCUCCUCUUACAGCGCCACCACCUGUAGAAGCUAAGGCAGCUCCAGAGAACAAGGACACAUCGCAAAACCCUGGAAACUUUGAAGAGUUACACAAGAAGUGCAAAGAUGUGUUUCCUCAACCAAUGGAAGGCUACAAGUUAAUGGUCAAUAAAGGUCUUAGCAACCAUUUUCAAGUCAGUCAUUCCAUUGCAUUGAGUGGAGUGGGGCCUGGUGCCUAUCACUUUGCCGCCACUUAUGUAGGAAGCAAACAGACUGGACCCAAUGAGUCCUACCCAGUCCUAUUGGGAGAUAUUGAUACCACAGGUAGCCUGAAUGCACAGAUCAUUCACCAGUUCACUGACAGGAUUCGUGGCAAGUGUGUUAUCCAGACCCAGAAAUCCACAUGGGUACUUGUCCAGGCAGACAGCGAGUACCAAGGCAAAGACUUCACUGCCAAUCUUACUGUUGGAAAUCUGGACCUUAUCAAUGAAUCUGGCAUCAUUGUUGCCCACUACCUUCAACGACUGGCCCCCAAACUAGACCUUGGUGCAGAACUUUUAUACCAUUAUGGAUCUGGACAGGAGAUAGCUGUCAUGUCACUGGCUGGUCGCUACUCUGCAAGUAACUGGAUUGGUACUGCGACUGUUGGCCAGGCAGGAUGGCAUUUGAGUUACUGGCACAAGGGUAACGAGAAUGUCCAGGUCGGAGUUGAAUAUGAGUAUAACAUGCGAGCUAAGGAGAGCGCAGUAAGCCUUGGGUACCAGAUGAAUAUACCCAAAGCUAAUGUCACCUUCCGUGGAAUGGUGGACACUAACUGGACAGUCGCGGCAGUCAUGGAAAAGAGACUUUUACCUUUACCAUUCACUUUUGUUCUAAGUGGCAUGGUUAAUCACUUGAAAAAUCAGUCUCGGUUUGGCUUUGGGUUGACAAUUGGCUAAUACAUUGUAGCUCGAAAGUGCUUUUUAUUACUAUCGGCAGCCAUUAUCUAUUAUAGCUGACUGGUCAUUAAAAAUAUUGUAAAGGUAAAUAUGGUUCAAAUGUAACGUGUAUCAGUCAGUCUCUCAUUGACUAACUGCCCAUGAUUAGGUACCCCUGCAGACUUUUUGGGAACGCUUGGAAUGUUGCAUGUAUUGCAAUGUUUGUAUUGAUCCAAACAGAAAAGAUAAAGUUAGUUAGGCCUUUUGUGAUUUCUUGAGAGAUGUUGCUUGUAGCGUGUGUGGGAAGAUUUACAUUUGAAAAAGGGACAUAUUUCUUCUAGAAAAUAAAAGGUUAUGUAAACCCCA